AUGGUUAAUAGGUUGCUUUAAGUUCAAACUUCAAAUAUCUAUGACUAUCUAAUGAACAAACCUGAUAGUUAUGAAGUCCUAGAUUAUAUUCCAGAGACAGACUAUAGAUAAAUAACAGAUAAGGAGUUCUUAGUGAAUUAUUUAUAAAAGUCAAGGCCGCUAGUUCUAAAAGAAUAUGCCAAAUCUUGGCCAGCUUAUUAGAACUGGCAAAAUACUAGUUACUUAGUUGAGAUAGCAGGCUAAGAAAUAAUAUCAGCUGAGAGAGUACCAUUGAAUAGCAAUGAAUAUGCUUACUUUAAAAAGGCGUUUAAGAAAUCUUUUAUGACUUAUGAGGAUUUUGUAGUCUCAAUGACCGAUUAAAACAGAACAUUCAAUUACUAUUUCGCUUAAGAGUCUAUUCCUAAGCCAAUGCUUUAGGAUGUUUAGCAGCCACACUUUGUAAAAGAUUACUUGAAUAUGGCUGAAGUAGCCUUCUGGCAUGGAAUAGGCACAGUUUCACUUCCACAUACAGACACUGAUGAAAAUUUUAUGUGUGUUUUCAAGGGCUACAAAAACUUUACAAUAGUCUCACCAUGGCAAAGCAGGUUUGUAUAUGCUGGCGUCUCUAUAAAUGGUGAAAAGAUGCCUAUGAAUUACAGUCCUCUAAAUUUUGAUAAACCUGAUUACCAAAAAUACCCUAUGUUCAAGCUUGCUAAAAUCUACAAUAUUCAUUUAAAAGCUGGUGAUUGCUUAUUUCUCCCUGGUGAUUGGUGGCACUAAGUAACCAGCUCACCGACAGAAUGUGUAGCAGUAUCAACCUGGUACUAAUAAAAUCAAAUUAGUGCACUUGUUUUCAAAGAAUCUGCUGAGCUAUUAGAUUGA